AUGAUGAGAGGAGAUUCAUUAGAACAAGAUUUGAGAUUAUUAAUAAAUAAUCCAAAAUAUAGUGAUAUAGAAAUUUUAUGUGAAGAUAAAAAGAAAUUAAAUGGUUGUAGAGCAAUUUUAGCUGCAAGGUCCGAAGUAUUUGAUAGGUUACUUUAUAAUGGAAUGAAGGAAAGUUACGAAAAUCAAAUUUCAUUUCCAAAGAUCAAUUCAAUUGGAAUGGAAAUCAUAUUAGAAUAUAUAUAUACGGGAUCAAUUAAAGAAGAGUCUUUAACAAAAGAUAAUGUGAUAGAGUCUUAUUACGCUGCAGAUUUUUUACAAUUAACUGAACUUCAGAAUUUUAUUAUGAACACUUUUAAAAAAACAUUAAAAAAUUAUUGUACAGAAAAUUAUUCACCAGAGUUACUAUCUAAAUUUGCGGAAAAAAUUCCAUUAACAGAAGAUAAUAUUUUUUUAAAUUUAUUAGUUGAAGCGGUAGCAGUUAUACCAUUAAAUAAUAUUGAAUUUGGUCGAUUAUCUAUUAAAG